CGGCGGCGGCGGCGGCGACGGCCGGGAGGAGCGAAGCUGGGUAGUCCUGCGCUGUGCUCGCCGCCGGAGACCGGGGCUUUCUCGAGCUGGAGUCCAGAUCUUACAUAAAAUGGAUAAUUCUCACAAUAGAUACUGAAUAUUAAGUAGAAAGUUAUUUAGUAAAAUCUAAGCUGCUAUGGAAGAAAUACCAGUAAAAGUUGCUGUAAGAAUCCGACCUCUGCUGUGCAAAGAAGUUCUUCAUAAUCAUCAAGCUUGUGUGAGAGUUAUUCCAAACACCCAGCAAAUUAUCAUUGGGAGAGAUAGAGUCUUUACUUUUGAUUUUGUUUUUGGCAAAAAUUCCACUCAAGAUGAAGUUUAUAAUACAUGUAUAAAGCCACUAGUGUUGUCUCUCAUUGAGGGCUAUAAUGCAACUGUUUUUGCCUAUGGACAAACUGGAUCCGGGAAGACCUACACCAUUGGAGGAGGCCAUGUUGCUUCAGUUGUGGAAGGACAAAAGGGUAUCAUUCCUCGAGCUAUCCAAGAAAUAUUUCAAAACAUCUCUGAAAACCCUAGCAUUGAUUUUAGUAUUAAAGUGUCUUAUAUCGAAGUAUAUAAGGAAGACCUAAGAGAUCUUCUAGAAUUGGAAACAUCUAUGAAGGAUCUUCACAUCCGAGAAGAUGAAAAAGGAAACACAGUGAUUGUUGGGGCCAAAGAAUGCCAGGUGGAGAGCGCAGAUGAGGUGAUGAGUCUCCUGGAGAUGGGGAAUGCAGCCAGGCAUACAGGGACCACGCAAAUGAACGAGCACUCCAGUAGAUCACAUGCGAUUUUUACAAUCAGCAUCUGUCAAGUGGAGAAAAAUAUAGAGGCAGGUGAAGACGGAUCGUGGUACUCCCGUCGGCAGAUUGUCUCGAAGUUCCACUUUGUGGACUUGGCUGGCUCCGAAAGAGUAACCAAAACAGGGAAUACUGGCGAACGGUUCAAAGAAUCCAUUCAGAUCAACAGCGGGUUGCUGGCUUUAGGCAACGUCAUCAGCGCUCUCGGGGACCCCCGCAGGAAGAGUUCACAUAUUCCAUAUAGGGAUGCGAAAAUUACCCGGCUUCUGAAAGAUUCCCUGGGAGGCAGCGCCAAGACUGUCAUGAUCACUUGUGUCAGCCCAUCCUCCUCAGAUUUUGAUGAGUCCUUAAAUUCCCUCAAAUAUGCCAACAGAGCCCGCAAUAUUAGAAACAAGCCCACCUUAAACUUCAGCCCCGAGUCAGACCGCAUGGACGAAAUGGAGUUUGAAAUUAAGUUGCUUCGAGAAGCUUUGCAAAGCCAACAGGCUAGCAUCAGCCAAACCAGCCAGAUCCAUCCAGAGGAGACUUCUGAGAGAAACAGGAUCCUUUCUCUGGAGGAGCAAGUGGCCCAGCUGCAAGGCGAAUGUCUGUGUUACCAGAACUGCGUGGAGGAGGCCGUUACCUUCCUGGUGGACCUAAAGGAGGCCGUCCGACUGAACCCAAAGCAGCUGCACAAACUGCAGGAGUGGCUGAACAUGACUCAGGAGGUCAAGAAGGCGGUGUUCACCUCCUUCAGAGGGAGCCACGGCCUCGGCAGCCUGGGAGAAGGGCCUCAGCAUGUUACCGUCCUCCAGCUGAAGCGAGAGCUGAAGAAAUGCCAGUGUGCACUGGCUGCCGAUGAAGUUGUGUUUCAUCAGAGAGAACUGGAGGUGAAGGAACUAAAGAACCAAGUGCAAAUGAUGGUCCAUGAAAACAAAGGCCACAUGGUAUCUUUGAAAGAAGCGCAGAAAGUGAAUAGAUUACAGAAUGAAAAAAUAAUAGAACAACAACUUCUUGUGGAUCAACUGAGUGAGGAACUAUCAAAACUUAACCUGUCAAUGACCUCUUCAGCUACGGAACCUUGUGGAGACGGGCCAGACAUCAGGACAGCCUCGAAGAGGCCGUGCACUGUACCCUUUGAUUCUCGUCUGGGACAUUACAUUUGUAUUCCAGCCAGACCAGGUUCCAGGAAGGUCUACACAAGCCCUUCUGUGUACUCUCUGGAUCGAGUAGUUGCCGGAUUUCGAACACGAAGUCAGAUGCUGCUGGGUCACAUAGAAGAACAAGAUGAAGUCCUCCACUGCCAAUUUUCUGACAACAGUGAUGAUGAAGAAUCCGAAGGCCAAGAGAAAUCUGAAAUUAGAUGUAGAAGUCGCUCAUGUCUUCAGAAGCCAGGCUCUGUUUGUUCUCUUGUUGAAUCGAAUGACAUUCAGGAUCAAACACAAAAGUCAAGUUUGGGGAAUGAAGAUUUAAAGAUUGAAUGUCUUCAGGAGAGUCAAGAUAUGAAUUUGCAAAAAUUAAGGAAUUCAGAACUCAUACUUACUGAAGCUAAACAAAAAAUGAGAGAACUUACAAUUAACAUCAAGAUGAAGGAAGAUCUAAUUAAAGAAUUAAUAAAAACAGGUAACGAUGCCAAGUCGGUAAGCAAACAGUAUUCUCUGAAAGUAACAAAACUUGAACACGAAGCAGAACGGGCGAAGGUGGAAUUAACUGAAACAGAGAAGCAGCUGCAAGAACUAGAAAACAAAGAUCUUUCUGAUAUUGCUUUGAAGGUAAAAUUACAGAAGGAAUUCCGUAAAAAGAUGGAUGCCGCAAAGCUAAGAGUCCAGGUCUUACAGAAGAAGCAACAAAACAGUAAGAAAUUGGCAUCACUGUCGAUCCAAAAUGAGAAACGUGCUACUGAACUAGAGCAGAAUGUAGAUCACAUGAAAUAUCAAAAGGUACAGCUGCAAAAAAGACUUCGAGAAGAAAAUGAAAAAAGGAAGCAACUGGAUGCAGAUAUCAAGCGGGAUCAACAAAAAAUCAAAGAACUAAAGUUAAAAACGGAACAGGAAGAAGCUCUGAAACUGAGAGCUGAGGAGCUCGAUGCAUUUAAGAUGAACAAGAGAAAAGGCUCGUUUGGAAGAACAGACCAGCUCCAGAAACUGGAUGAGCGAAAGAAAUGGUUAGAUGAAGAAGUAGAGAAAGUCCUGAACCAGCGCCAAGAACUGGAGCAGCUGGAAGAAGACUUAAAGAAGCGAGAGGCCAUCGUUUGUAAGAAGGAGGCCCUGUUACAGGAGAAGAGCCACCUGGAAAAUAAGAAGCUGAGAUCAAGUCAGGUCUUAAGCACAGAUAGUUUGAAAAUAUCAACUCGCCUGAAUUUGUUGGACCAAGAGUUGUCUGAAAAGAAUGUAGAGCUUCAACACAGCACAGCUGAGGAGAAAAUAAAGAUUUCAGAACGAGUUCAAGCCCUCCAGAAAGAAAAGGAUCAGCUACAGAGACGAAGGAACAGCGUGGAUGAGAAACUUAAAAAUGGUAGUGUGUUAUCACCUGAAGAAGAACAUGUUCUUUUCCAACUUGAAGAAGGGAUUGAAGCUUUGGAAGCUGCAAUUGAAUACAAGAAUGAAAGUAUCCAGAGUCGCCAGAACUCGCUCAGAGCCUCACUCCAAAACCUCUCUCGUAGUGAAGCAAAGGUCUUGGAAAAACUCAUUUGCCUGAGUCCUGUAGAGAUGAGAGCUAUUCUUUUCAGAUAUUUCAAUAAGGUGGUCCAUUUGCGAGAAACCGAACGGAAGCUCCAGUUACAGAAUGAAGAAAUGAAAAUGAAGGUUCUGGAACGGGAUAAUAUGGUUCGUGAACUGGAGUCUGCCCUUGAGCAUCUGAAACUACAGUGUGACCGGAGACUGACCCUUCAGCAGAAGGAGCAUGAGCAAAAAAUGCAGCUGCUGUUACAGCAUUUCCAAGAGCAAGAUGGUGAAGGCCUUAUGGAAAUGUUAAAAACAUAUGAAGAUAAAAUCCAGCAGCUGGAAAAAGAUCUUUAUUUCUAUAAGAAAACCAGCAGAGAUCUUAAGAAGAAACUUAAGGAACUGGUAGGGGAAGCAGUUCGGCGGCAACUAGCAGCAUCUGAACGUAAGACUUUUCAUGUCACUUGUCAUGCUAACAAUCAUGAUGCUGGGGAUAGAGUUCUGAACCCUGAUGAAGCAGGCAUGGUUCCAGAAGAAUUUAAGUGGGCAUCCAGAACUGAAAGUAUGAGAUUAAGUGGAAGAGAAAGAGAACUGGACAAUUCAACAAGCAGUUUAAGAACACAACCAAAUCCUCUGAAACUCUGGGAAGAUGGCCCAGAAUUGCCUUUGAUCUGUAGCUCUCUAGCACCCACUAGUGGACAUUUCUUAAACAAUGAGGAUAAAAUAGAAGUAGAUGAAAAUCAUUUCACAAAAUCUCAUAGCCGACCAUCACCCCAAAUCCAGCUGGUGGGUAAUGUGGGACAGCUUCAUGGUGUCACGUCUGUAAAACUGUGUCGUAAAGAGUUACGUCAGAUUUCUGCCUUGGAACUAUCAUUACGACGUUCCACUCUUGGAGCUGGGGUUGGAUCUAUGACUGCUGAUUCCAUUGAAGUAGCUAGGAAACCGAGUGACUUAAAAACUUAGGCCUUUAGUAACAGAACUUUUAACUUUCAAUAGGAGGUAUUAGAUUCCUUUGUCUAAACUGUUAGGAAUUAAAACUUUUGCUCACUAGCUCUUCCUUCAGGAUAUAGGAAGAAGGGGAAGAAGUAGGAAGAAGGGGAGGAAGGAAUCAUCUUGUAUACUAUAGAUGUAUAUAUCUUCUAUGGUAUGUUUGAGAAGUUUUAAUUAUUUGCAGACAAUUAGCAAUAAUUGUAAUUAGCAAAUGAACAUGUUUUCUAAUGCUGUCAAGUAAUGGAAAA